CCGAAAGUAACAAAACGAAAGUAAAACCCCCAACGAAAAAGCAAAAUGUUUUCCAAUUUGUUGACGCCGGUAUUCAAUUCAAUGAAGACCAUUGGGUCUCAGCGUGCGACACGAGUGAUAGCACGAUCAAUGUCAAGCAUUCAAUCACAAGCAGUAAUGUACAAGGGUUAUGGUGAUCCGAACAAAAUGCUCUAUUUAGAAAACAGUCAAGUGCCUACAGCACUCAAAGAGACGGAGGUGUUGGUAAAAAUGAAAAUGGCUCCGAUCAAUCCAUCUGACAUCAACAUGAUCGAGGGAACAUAUCACAUGCUCCCACAAUUACCGGCUGUUUGUGGAAAUGAAGGCGUCGGAGAAGUAUUAGAAGUCGGGAGCAAAGUUUCCAGUCUUGUUCCUGGUGAUUGGGUGAUUCCAGCAGGAACAGGGUUUGGUACUUGGAGGACUGUGGCUGUGUCUGACCAAGAAAUGUUACGAAAGGUUCCAAAUGAUGUCCCAGCUAUCAGUGCCGCUACGAUAAUGGUCAACCCUUGCACGGCUUACCGAAUGCUAAAGGACUUUGUGUGUUUACAUGAAGGGGACUGUGUGAUUCAAAAUGGUGCAAACAGUGCUGUGGGCCAAGCAGUGAUUCAGCUAGCAAGAGAAUGGGGGUUUAAAACAAUAAAUGUAGUGAGAAACAGACCAGAUAUUGAUCAGCUGACAGGUUAUCUGAAAAGUUUAGGAGCAACUCACGUAGUGACAGAGGAAUUCUCAAGAUCUCACCAAAUGAAGGAUUUGAUCAAAUCAAUGUCAAGUCCCCCCAAGCUGGCAUUCAACACAGUUGGUGGAGACAGUGCAACUAACAUUCUCAAACAUUUAGACAGUAAAGGAGCGAUGGUGACCUAUGGUGGAAUGUCGAAGAAGCCAGUAAUGGUGUCAACAGGUGCUCUUAUUUUUAAACGGGUUAGGCUUAUUGGUUAUUGGAAUGCCAAAUGGGUGCAAGAAAAUGAGGAAAACCCUGAACUGGUGCGAAUGUUUGAUGACCUUUUUGACUUGGUCAGAGAAUGCAAACUGUUACCUCCAGCGUCAGAGACCUUCUCUUUAAAAAACUUCAAGCUUGCUGUCAAGUCCUCUUUGGAAGGUUACAAAGGAAGCAAGAAAAUAUUUGUCAUGGAUGACACAUUGUAAGAAUCAAAUUAAGUACGAGACAAAUAGGCAAAGUAUUGGCAAAAGUUGUACCUCCACUUAUUUUCUCAGAGAAUUUUAUAUAUAUAUGUAAACCAAAUAUAGUAUUACAUAUAGUUUUACAAUCAGUAUAUGUAUCAUGUAGAGAUUUGAUUGUUUGAUCGAUUGAAAUUUUUUUAUCUUAAUUUAUGUUUGAACAUUAAAGUGAUUGUGUGAACACUACUGGAAGAGACACAAGAGCUUUUUGUUUUUGUUUUCAUCUCAUACAGUUAUUAGAUAAUUUAUUGUCUCUUUCGUUUCUCCCUCAAGGCCAUGUUUAAAAAUACAUGGUACUGUGUGCAAUGCAAAAUCAAAUAAUGAAAGUUCUCUUGAUAGAAUAAAAUAUCUUUUAUUGACAAUAAACAGGUAAAGUGACCAUAUCACAACUCUUGACACAAAAUAAAACAAGGUGACAUAGCAUUUAGGAUGAAUAUAUAACUUCAAGUCAGAGAUUCAUAACACAACAAAGCGAAGAAAACAGAAGUUUUUAUCAUGACAACAGGUGUAUGAUAACAUGUAAAUUAUGUUUGGACGGCUUAUCUUUUGUAUAUUUCGUGGAAAAUAUAAUCAUAUAUAUAUCGCUCGCGCCUUUCUUAAAUCUUUCACACUCACCGAUAUGAUGUUCAGUUGUUAUAAAACUAUUAUACAUACAUAAUGAACAUAUCUCUACCACUACACUUGAAUAAUAAUGAACUGGUAUAUGCAUACCAUAGUCGACGUGAAAAAAAGAGAAAAUCUACUCCUCUAGACUUAAAAAUGAAAUUUUAAUGUCUGUCAUUCUGGAAUAUAUCAGCUAAAAAUAAAAUGACCUAAAAUUAUAUAUAUCCUAUCGCUCUAAUAGUCAUGCUCCAACUGAAAGGUAAAAUGUGUAUCAAUAUAUCAACAUGACACAUGUUCUGUAUAUGUUAACACGAAUAUUUUCUGACAACGAGUGAUUUGCUACUCUCAUUUAUACAUGUAUAAAAAUGACCUAUAUUGUACAAUCUAAAUGCACGUCUUUAUCACAGUUUCAAACGUUUUAGCACUCAGUAUGUACAUUUUUAGCAAACAAUUGAGUGCUGUAACAUGACGUACCAUAUAAUACCUAAUAUCUAUAUGUGUCUAUGUCAACAAAAUAUGCAGCUAGGUGUCUCUCUCUAUUAAUUUCUGUAAAUCUGUUGACUGCAUAAUCAACUAACACACUUUUUUAACCUAUACAUAAUAUUUGGCAAUACACAAUACACAGGAUUUUUUGUCCUCGAGAUAUAAACAUAAGACGACAAGAGUUUGAAGAUUUAAGUAUUUUCAUCUGCAAAUAAAUUACAUGUACCACUUAAAUGCAAAACAAUUAAUGGAUUUCACAUGGAAAGUAAACACAUGCCUAGGACAGGACCAAAUACACAACAUAUGGACAAACUUUACAUCAACCAAAUGAAUUCUGGUUCACUAAAGAGUACAUAGAUUUCCCUGUGCAAUUUGUUAGAAUACAUUAGAUGCGCCAUGCAAUAGCACAUUAUAGCCCACAGUUCUUGUGAAAAUAUAACCAUGUGUACUUCUUCUUUUCAAUACUGUGUUGUAUGAACAUGUACCCAUACAUGUAUAUACAUGUAUCAGAUGCAUACAAAAAAAUUGACUGUAUUAAGUAAAAAUAAGGGUUUAGCUAUAAUAGCUCCAUUCACAAUUCUAAACAAUAACCAAGAUUUAAUGAAACAAUAGUAGUGGUAACUGUAUUAACAUGCAAUUAAGAAUUCAUAGAUUCAAUUCUACAAAAAUAUUCUUAAAAAAAUAAAUGAAAAUCACUCUUGUUUAACUCAUCAGAAGUGGAAAAUCCCAACAAUUCAACUGAAUUCACACUGAAGGUGACUGGUUUAUAAUAAUAAAUAAAAUCAAAUUUUGUGACCAAAAAUUAC